AUGCCUUCGUCCUCCGGCCGCGACGGCAAUGCCGGCUUUCCUCUUCCUCCACCAACACAGCCACAUGGGACGCGAGAAUGGGCAGCGCUGCCGUGCGACGUCAUAUGGGACAUCUUCUGCCGGCUCCGACACGUCGACAUCCUCCGCGGCGCGGGGCUCGCGUGCGCGUCGUGGCGUCGCGUCGCGGUCGACGAGCCCACGCUAUGGCGGAGCAUCGACCUCGCCUUUGACGAGGACGACCGCAUCGACGAUCAAGCGUUAGUGGUACGGCUGGCAAUGGGAUGCGCCGCCGUGGACCGCAGCGCCGGCAGGUGCGAGUCUUUCCGCGGCCCCGCCAAUCGCCACCUUCUGGCCUACCUCGCCGCCAGCGCACCGUCGCUGAGGAGGCUCCACGUGACGGCGGCCUGGUGCGUGCCCGAGGCGUUCGUCGACAGGGUGAUCACGAAGCUCCCGAUGCUGGAGCGCCUCGCGCUGUCGGCCGGGCUCAUCUCGUUGUCCACGAUGCGCGCGCUCCUCAAACACUGCCCCUGCCUCGAGCUGCUCGACGCCGGCGACUGCUGGUUCGACCGAGCCAUGGGGUACAAGCUGUGGCGGAGGUGCUGUAGGAAGAUUAAGGUUCUCAGUCUGCCAAGGAUGGUCUGCAACUAUUGCUUCUGCAGGAUAUGCUAUACUGAGAAUCACAGAGGAAGAAGAUAG